AUGGGAGAUCACUCUCAUUCUGAUCGUCGUCGUCGUCGUCAUGAUCAUGAGGACGAUCAUGAUCAAGAUCGAGAUGAAGACCACAAUCACGAUCGUCAUCGUUCGAAUACGUCUGGCAUUAUUGGCUUGUCAUGCAAAGCAUACAAAUCUAUUGUUAAUAAAUGGUGUUCUGAUAAAAAUUCUCCAAAGAAAGAGGAAGGCAAGAUCAAAGAUCAUGAUGAUUCUUCCAAGAAAGGUAAUAAGAAGGAACAAGAAGAUAAAUCGAAAAAAGGUGAGAAACAUUCAAAAAGAGAGAAACAAAAUAGGCUAAGUGCGGACGAGAGCAUGUUUUCUCGUCAAUUUUCGUUUCUUUCGAAGAGUUCGAGUAGGAGGAGCCACACACCUACACCUGUACCGACCUAUUUGUCAAAGAGUUCGAUCCGGACAUCUAAUAGCCCUUCGAGAUUCUCGCUUUCGAGAACUUUUAGUAAAAAGGGUCGAGACGAAGAUGAAACACCACAAAAACAACAACAGAAGAGAAGUGUUAGUGCCAAUCGAGCUUCCACUCUUUCGAGAAGUUUAAGCCGAAAAGGCAAUUCAGAAACCGAAAAACCUAACCUUUCGAGAAGUACAAGCCAAAGGAGCACCACUCCUAUUAUAUUCUCACACUCCAUUGCUCGGAGAAAACCUUUGCCAGUCGAAAAAACACUUGAAUGCACCUUGGAGGAGCUCUGUCAUGGAGGGCUAAAAAAGAUCAACAUCGUAAAAGAUGUCAUCUCUGAAGAAAGAAUGAUAGUCAAGCAAGAGGAGACACUAACAAUUAACGUCAAGCCGGGAUGGACCAAAGGGACGAAGGUUACCUUCGAAGGCAAAGGCGAUGAGAAACCGGGUUACCUUCCGGCCGACAUCAUCUUCACGAUUCAAGAGAAGAGGCACGAGCUAUUCAAGCGAACCGGCGACGAUCUGGAGAUAGUCGUCGAGAUCCCGUUGGUUAAGGCCUUGACGGGCUGUUCCUUGUCCGUUCCGUUGCUCGGAGGUGAAACGAUGAGCAUACACGUCAGUGAGGUCAUAUAUCCGGGAUACGAAAAAGUGAUUCAUGGCCAAGGGAUGCCUAACGUUAAAGGAGACAAACGAGGUGACUUGAGGAUUACGUUUCUCGUUAAGUUUCCGGCGGAACUCUCCGACGAACAGAGAUCGGAGACGUGUAGUAUAUUGGAAGGUUGUUGUUGAGAGGUAAAUCAAUUAAUUAUUUUUUUGUAUGAUUUUCAAGUGAUUUUAGUGUCUUUUUGGCUCA